UCUUCAAUGGUCACCAUUCAGCUACAUAGUACAUACACACACACACACACACAAUUCAACUUUUUCUCUAUAAAUAAUACUAGUACCCCUUCACCCCUCCCAUUCCAUCAUCAUUCAACAAAGAAACACCCAAAAUGGCAUCCUCAGCCUCGACCACGCUGUCUUCUCCCUUCCUGCGACUAGAAUUCCCCUCCUCAACCAAACAACGCUCUUCAAUCUCCAUCAGAGCCUCGGUCUCCGAGAAACCCCCGCUACCGGCUGUGUCGGUGACCUCCCCGGAGCCCAGCAAGCUUCCGAUCCGCAAAAUCCCCGGCGACUGCGGGUUCCCGGUGAUCGGUCCCUUCAAGGACCGCCAAGACUAUUUCUACAAGCAAGGGCGCGACGAGUUCUUCAAGUCCCGCAUCCAAAAGUACCAGUCAACGGUCUUCCGCACCAACAUGCCCCCUGGCCCCUUCCUCGCCCCCGACCCAAACGUCGUCGUUCUCCUCGAUGCCAAAAGUUUCCCCGUCCUCUUCGACAACUCUAAGGUCGAGAAAAAAGACGUCUUCACUGGAACCUUCAUGCCUUCCACCGAACUCACCGGCGGUUACCGAGUCCUUUCUUACCUCGACCCCUCCGAACCCAAACACGCCCUCCUCAAACAACUCAUGUUCUUCCUCCUCAAAUCACGUCGCGCCCACGUCAUCUCUGAGUUCCACGCGUCCUACAAAGAACUCUUCCACGCCCUCGAAGCCAACCUCGCCGAAGCCGGCAAAGCCAGCUUCGGCGAUGCCAACGACCAAGCCGCCUUCAACUUUUUAUCACGCUCCCUCUUCAACUCCAACCCCGCCGAUACCAAACUGGGCCUCGACGGCCCAAAAAUCGUUCAGAAAUGGGUUCUCUUUCAGAUCGGCCCAAUUCUCCGAUUGGGCCUCCCUCAAUUCUUAGAAGAAUCCACCAUCCGAACCUUCCGUCUCCCGUUCUCUCUGAUAAAAAAAGAUUACCAGAGACUAUACGAUUUCUUCUACGAGUCUUCCGGUCUAGUAUUAGACGAAGCGGAGCGAUUGGGGAUCACGCGCGAUGAGGCUUGCCAUAAUCUGUUGUUCGCCACCUGCUUUAACUCCUUCGGCGGGAUGAAGCUUUUUUUCCCGAACGUGUUGAAGUGGAUCGGACGCGCCGGGGUGAAGCUCCACGCGCGGCUGGCGGAGGAGAUUCGCUCCGCCGUGAGAAGCGGCGGCGGGGAGAUCAGCAUGGCGGCGAUGGAGAAGAUGCCGCUGAUGAAAUCCGUGGUGUACGAGGCGUUCCGAAUCGACCCGCCGGUGGCGCUGCAGUUCGGGAGGGCGAAGAGAGACUUGAUCAUUGAGAGCCACGACCACGCGUUUCAGGUGAAGGAAGGGGAGAUGCUGUUCGGGUACCAACCAUUCGCGACGAAGGAUCCUAGGAUCUUCGAGAGGGCCGAGGAGUUUGUCGGGGACAGGUUCGUCGGGGAGGAAGGGGAGAAGCUCCUCAAGCACGUGCUGUGGUCCAAUGGGCCUGAGACUGAGUCUCCAACACUUGGGAACAAGCAAUGCGCCGGAAAAGACUUCGUCACCUUGGUUUCGAGGCUUUUCGUUGUGGAGUUCUUUCUUCGCUAUGAUUCCUUCGAGAUUCAAGUGGGAACUUCUCCCUUGGGUUCUUCCGUUACUAUUACUUCCCUAAAGAGAGCAAGCUUUUAGUUAGUUAGUUAAUUAAUUAAUUAAUUAAUAUUUGUUAUUAAUUUUGUUUUUGACCGGUUAGGAUGAUGAUAGUAUUAUUAUUAUUAUUAUUUUUUUAUCAUCGAGAAUGAUAGUAUGUGUUAAUUUAUAAGUUUAUUGUAUGGUUACAUUUUACAUAAAAUGUCUUGAUUUGAUUUGCUAGUUCUGAAACAUUCAACCGAAACACAGUUAAUCUGUAUAUUAGUCUGGUCUUUCAAGUUCUUAUCCAAGUGGUCUCCCCCUUGCUUCGUAAUGACAA